UCAUACAUUUCACGACUCUUCUCUUUCCGAACAGACUUUAUACAGUUAUCUCUAAUAUUUACAUCAACGGCCGGACCAGCAAGGUCUGUUAACAAUAACCGGCGUGUUUUCAGUGUGCCAUGUUUCGCGUGCAGGCCAGGGCGGGACUGGGCCGAUUUCCAGGCCCUACUCGCCAGAGGAGACGUCGGCCUCACUAUUUAUCGGUACAGACCGCCCCCUGACGAAAAUCGACCCAAUAGAGGACAAAGAGAAACGUUUAUUUUAUUCACAACGAGAAACAUUCAUGCAGAGCGCCUCAGAAAGACGAAUCUUGAAUUCUAUGAAGACGAUUUACCGAAAUGCGUUAACUACUGCGCGAGAUGCAAAGACAUGGCGAGACGAAUCGAGGCCCUGUCGGUCAACAGGCCUUCCACGGCACGGCGCUCAGGUUUAUGCGAACUCUUCUCCUGCCCUCCUUGCACAGAUAUCGUACGUAAGUUCCGUAAAUUCGCUUCCAUUACUUCCAUCAGGAAACAUGAUUCCGAGCUCAUACAUCUACAGCGCCUCACAUCCCCCGAAUACGACCUAGAUAGUAAAAUAGCAAGAUAUUUCGAUAAAACAGAACCUUUUAAUACACCAAAUACGCCAACAUCCUGUACACAAAACGAUGAAAGUAUUAAAGAUAAAGACUGGAGUACAAUAGACAAGGAAGGAAUCAGUAAAGACGGAGGAAAAGCGACACCAGAAAGAGUUCCGUUAGCUGAAAAGGGAAAUAUUCAAAUGUCAAAAACUGGAGAUGUAAUAAGACCCACGGGAAAAGAAAAAGGAGGACAUGAACAUGAAACUUCAGAAAGAGUAAUAGAAACUCCAAAAACAAGCAAUUUAAAAGGAACGCCGGGAAAAUUAAAAGGAGGAAGCCAAGUCAUAGAAACUCCAAAAACAAGCAAUUCAAAAGGAUCACCAGGAAAAGUAAAAGAAAAACACGACGCACCAGAGAGUAAAAUUGGAACGAUAAAAGCAAACAAUUCAAAAAGUAAUACGGGAGAAGCAAAAACCAAGAAUUCGAAAAGAGGCAUUGAUGGAAAAGACAAAGGAACUGCAGCGGGAACCUCUACUAUAAACAAGGAUGCUAAAUCAAUCAACGAAGGCAAAUCACCGAAAACAAAACACGCCGCAAAACCUGUCGAUAGUGAAAGAAUAAAGGAACAUAGCACCCUAGACGACAUUCAAAACAUUGCGACUGAUAGUAGACUGGCCAGCGACAUGACUGGGUCCAAGUCAAAAAAAGGGCUCUCCGAUAAGACACUGUCUACGGUUUCAAGACACGAUAAAAAGCAUAGUUUAAAAGUACCAUCUGAUUUGAUGAGGAAGAAAGUCGCCGAAUAUCUGACUGCUAACAAGAAAAAAACACAGAAGAGCACGGGUGCCUCAGGCAACAAACGAGAAGCUCAAAAAGCGGCGGAAAAGAGAGACGCGAGUGCCGUGAAUGUAAGACAAUCUAGUUUCGAUACAAUGCAGCUGGUCGAAAUGGACAGCGAAAGUGGGGAUCGUACUACGGAUAUAUCUGUAUGUCCUCCACAUAAAGAAGAAGGCGAAGAAGAGAUUAUAAUAGGAAACAGGAUGUAUAAGAUUACAAAACAUGAGGCAGUUAAACAAGAAAAGGAAGAACAAACAGGAGAGCCACAUCCGACAAAAUCCUGGAGUCCACCGCCGGAACGCCCGCUGUCAUCCAAUAAAGCAAAGGCCCAGUCUAGUGUAAUGCACGCAAAAGAUGGCGUGCUGAGGUACCAAAUGUCAGAUCAGAAGUACAUCAAGCGAGGCUGGACGAUAAUGCCCAAAGAAAUUAUCAUGCAGAAGGUGCCAGUGUUCCUUAUGCGUCCAGCUGGCCAAAAAUACGACUGGCUGGAGAUGAACAGGCACAGGAAGGUGUUGGUGUACCCUUCAGGAGAACUGCUCGUGAAUUUCGACGAAGAUAUAACACGACUAUUUUAUAAGAGCGGAGAAAUGGCACUGGAGUUAUACAACACAGAAGACGGACACGGGCAUAGACUGGUAGUAUACAGCACGAGCAAGCCUACCGGCCGAUCUCAGCGCUGCGUGCUCGCUGUGUUCGACUACAGCGGCAAAGGCGUCGUGUACGACCACACCGGCCAGAUACGAUUACAAUACAGCCAAAGAGAAGGCGUCGUGAUCGACCGCUCCAUCGGGCCCCACACGCACUGGAGGUGGCACAAUCUGGACGACUUCCACCUGGAAACCGUCGUGAUGGAGAAGCUGCCGCGCGUCAUAGACCCGGCCAUCCUGCACUACGCGAAGGAGGACCACCACAAAGCGGGCCGGCACCCGGUGCCCGGCGAGGUCGUCAUGAAAGCCAUAGAGGCGCACAAAAAACUGGACCAUAAUUUUGUGAAGAGGUAUUGCCCGUUUCAAAUCAAAAUGAAGGCGGUUAAGAUAAACGAGUAUUUUUCGCUUAAAAUCUUCGAGCAGUCUUCGAUCAUUUUGUCGUUCUCGGACGGAAGGAAGGAUAUAAAGUUGAACGUAGGGAUGGUGUUGGAUCCGAGCGUGGUGUUGAGCGAGGAGUUGGUGGAGGCGGGGGACGUGGCGAGCGGAGUGGAGGGGCCGCUGGAGUGCUCGCGCAGCGUGGAGCGGCUGCGCGGCGCGGUGGCGGGCGCGCGGGCGGCCGAGCGCGCGCGCCGCCAGCGCGAGCGCCGGCUCAACGUCACGCCCUCAUACAUCUAUCAGAAGAAUCGGGAGCGGUUCAAAAAGUCAACAGUGUGGUAGACUACAAUUGACUGUUCGAGAUGUCCAAGACGUUUUCUAGUAUAUACAAUUAAUAGGAAUGGAAAAGAGAAGAUUUUAGUAUGGACACAUCCUUUGAAAGUCGAGAGAAAUUCCUAUAAAAAGUUUUUGAGUUGAGAUUCUUUGGUGAUGUUCCACAUUUUUUUAAGAAGCUAUGUAACCCUAGAUUAUGUUUUAAUGUGAAAUUGAGAUAAGAUAUCUAUUUAUUUAUGUUAGCGUUUAAGUGGUUUGUUAAGCGACAGUUUAAUUUAUUAUUUUUUAAUAAAACAAUAAAUUAAGUUUGAC